UUCUUUCCCAUUCUCUCCUUCAUCACCAAGCCUGUGGCUGCGCCCAUCUUUAUUAUAUGUGCCAUUCUCUUUCAAUCUGUGAUUUUUACUCCCCUCCUUAGUGUUUCAUUCCUUGAGCCUUCGGCCUUUCCCCUCUUUACUAUAGUUCUUUGUUUUGAACCGUUGCCCGAGAGCCCGCCUCGAGCCAACUUCCAAUCCCUUGUAAACGACGUGCGGGCAUGUCGUUCGCUUGAGCUGCAUACCUCGCAAAUCCCUUUCCAAGCGUCCAUUGAACAGGAUUUUCUACUUUCAUAUUUCUCUCUAUAUUCGCUGGUUGUCUUGACGAAACCAAAGACAGGCCAAUAUGUGGGCAAAAGCAUCCCUUAGAACUCGCAAGACGUCCGGCGCCGGCGACACUCCUGCGCCGACUGAUAUUCGAGCACAGCUAUCUACCGUCAAUCACAACCGAGACAUCUCUGCAAAAGCAUUGCCGACUUUGCCAUUAUCACCUGGUCCCUUCAGUUCGCAAUUCACCACGUACCAGCCGGAGCCCAGCCAACGGGUGGCGUCUUCAAUCUAUUCGCGGGAUACUGUUGUCUACGACCAUCAUCGUCAACGCUCGAUCAGUGACACAUACCAGUCUCCGCCGCAGCUUGACGAUAGCUACGCCGGCAGAAGGAGGAGUGUCGACAUCUCUCCGCCUGACUCUCCUAUCGGUGCUCCCCGCAGCCAAGACAGCGCUCGAGUCUCCCCUAUAGAAAAUGGUUCGAUACAAGCAACUGGCGUUGACGGAUCAGCAGCAAAAUUUUCAAGCCAUAUCCCUGUAUUUCGAAAGCGUGCUGACUCGAAACUCGACCAAUCGCCUAACCCGUCCAGGGCAAAGGCAACACAAUGGGACAAUUUUUCUGGAGAACCGACGAGUGGUCUGGGGAGAAUCGGACAGGUCAACCCCGGCAUUAUAUCUUUUGAAACACAUGUAUCUGCUACCCGCCAGCGAUCUAACAGUUCAAAGCUUAUCGAUUGGGGCAAGGAGCAUUUUCAUUCGAGGAAGAAAGUAUCCGAGUCCCGUAAUCGAUUCUACGCCAAUGAAGCGACUCCAUUUGCCGAUCGAGAGCCAUGGAGAGGGCAAAGCGGUCGCUCACCCAUUGUCUAUCCGAUCCAGGAGAAACCAAGGAACCGAUCAUCAUCCCGCUUGCACCUGUCCAGGAGUAGCGACCGGCUAAGAGAAAACACUCCAUCUCCUAUAGUGGGAAGUACUGGGACAUUUACCACGAUAAUCACCGCAGGCAAACAAAACCAUAGGCAGCAACCUUGGACAAGGCCUUAUGGACAUGACGUACCCGAGAGCAGGAACGCUAGCGCCGUCAGCGUCAGCAGCACUACCCCGCCACGCGUGGAUCUUGUAUCAAGCCCCGACCUGAGCGCUAGCCUGACUGACUUGACCCUCGCUGAUAAUGAGCAUAACGAACCUACAAGUCGCUUCAGCGUGACUACCUGUAAUACCACCGAAGCUGAAAGCGCGACUCCAAGUCCGCGAAACAGCAUAUCUCCCAGCCCACCCGCCAGCGUCAUUGACACAGCAUCUCAACUGUCUACCGAUACCACUCGCUCAAUCAUGUCUCGAUCGCGACCGGUGCCAAGUGCUAUUGCGCCGGGCAAGCGCCCUGCCAGGAAGCCCACUCCGUCCGAAAUCUCGAACAAGGCGCUCCCUCCAAAUCCAGCUGAGAUGACUCCACAGGGUCGUAUUGACAUGCUGGAAGCAAAGCGGAACGAACUCAUGCGUCGCAAGGCGAAUAUCAACACAAUGAUCAACGAGUUGACGCAAGUUAUCCAACCCAGUUCUAUCGCGUACGAUAUGGCCGCUCGUGAAGAGGUCAAGAAAACGGUCGCCAGUCUCAACAGCGAGCUGGCCGACAUUCAAAAAGAAGAGCAUGAGGUUGGUUUGAAGUUACUGCGCGCCUGGAAGAAGCGCGAUGACAACGACUUCUAUGGCCCUAGCAGCAGCCUCUGGGUCAAACGGGUGACCAGCUGA